AUUCCGGUUUAAUCGAACCACCGGAUAAAUACACAUUUAGAAAUUAAAAAGGGAAGAGAAAGUGAAGAAGAGUGGAUAAGACAUUAAAUUUUAGAGGCUGAGAGCGAAGGGAUCAUCCAUGUCGGAAUCUGGUUGCUUCUCCUUCAUACCAGAAGACGUUGUCUUCAACAUCUUCUUCAAGCUCCAAGACGAUCCUCGAAACUGGGCUCGCCUCGCAUGCGUCUGCACCAAAUUCUCCUCGAUCGUACGAAACGUCUGCUGUAAAACUCGGUGCUACUCCUCCAUCCCCACCGUCGUCUCCGAACUCCUCCCUUCUCCCUCCGCUUCUUCAUCUUCCUCUCUUCCUCCUCCCGGCGGCUGGGCUUCUCUCUACAAACUCGCCGUCUGCUGUCCCGGUCUCUUCCACGCCGGGAUUCUCCUCGAGAACUCCGAUUUCGGUUUAGAACGUGAGCUCGGUCCCGAUCAAAGCCUCGAUCCGAAACCUGAACCGACAAAUCCGGUCCAAGUUUCGAAACAAGUCGGAUCUGGUUUAGUAGAAACGCUGUCGUUUCAGCCUGUUUCGAAACCGAUCGAAUCUGGUUUAGUAGAAACGCCGUCGUUUCAGCCUGUUUCAAAACCAAUCGAAUCUGGUUUAGUAGAAAUGCCGUCGUUUCAAUCUGCUUCGAAACAAGUCGGAUCUGGUUCAGAAACGGCGCCGUUUUGGUCGCUCUACGACGAUCUCUACACCGACACACUCUCCGCUCCUCCAGAAGAUCCCGUCAACGAACCACAAGAACCCACCGAAACCACCGAGAUCCGACCCGGCCGCGGCGAUCUCCCGGCGAGGAAACGCCGCAAGAUCUCCCGGUCCCUCGGAUCCCACCUCGCCUCCGGCGGGUGGAACCUCAGCCGCGAGCAGGGCAACAAGCUCCUGGCGAGCAGGUUCCGCGGGGACUCUCUGUACAUAUGCAACUGGCCCGGGUGCAUCCACGUGGAGGAGAAGCGUAACUACAUGCUGUUCAGAGGCGUGUUCAAGGAUUUCAAGAGGUCUAGAGUGUGGAGAACGAUCAAGGACGGUGGCGAUGGGAGUAAGGUCACGGGGUUGAAGUGUGCGUUUUGUGAGUGCGACGAGACGUGGGAUAUGCACUCGUCGUUUUGUUUGAGGAGGGUGUUUGGGUUUCAUGAUGAUGGUGAGCCUGUUGUGAGGGCUUAUGUCUGUGAGAAUGGUCAUGUCUCUGGUGCUUGGACUAAUUUACCUCUCUACACUUGAAAAACGGUAAAAGGUCGUGUCUUAAAAAAAAAAAAAAAAAAAAAGAAACUGUGUCUUUAUCGAUUUGGUCUUGGAUUGUUUGAUGCUUUGUAGGAACUGUGAUCGUUUGUGUGCGUGUGUGUGUGUUUUUAAUAUUCUGAUUCAUGUAUAAGCUCUACGUUGAUGUGGUGGUUUCAAUAUGAAAUGAGAUUCAGUUUUGUCUUGGA